GUUAAAAAAACAAAAGAAAGUGCCCUUCACAAGAGGGCUGUAUGGCAGACCCCAACCCCUCCAUGUUACAACUUCCCCCUCUAACUGUCCCUACCUUUUUUUCCCCCUUUUUAUAAACCCCCUUCCUAUUAAUCCACCUUUCCCAAACACUUACCAUCCAUCUCUCACUAGUCCUCUUUUUUCUCCAUUAUUCUAUACACUUCUCUUUGAUAUUCCUCCCUUUUUUCAUAGUUGUUUGAUUAAAUUAAUUUGGUCAUCCUCAAAUUGCAUCAUCAAAACCGCCUAAUUAAUAGUACCAUAAUUGUCUUUUGCAGUUGUGUAUAUAAACUACUCAACAUCCUACCUCAUUUCUUCCAUUCAUUGCUCUUCCUCCUCCUCAUCAUCAUAAGUUAGCAUUGAUCAAAACUGCACAUUGAAAAAUCUUUGCUAAAAGAAACAAAAACAUACAAAACACCAAAAUAUGUGUUCUUCCAAGUCUAAACCUCAAGGCAGCCCUACGGCUAGCUUAUCCCACAUCAAUGGACGCCCUGUUUUACAGCCAAAUUGCAGCAACAGAAACACCCCUCUUUUAGAAAGGCGCAAUUCCCUUAAGAAAUCCCUCACAAAGUCUCCUUCUCUGCCAUUGAUGCAGCAGCCACUGCCAUCAACGGUUACUACUACAACAAACAUUAGCCCUGAAACUCCGAAACAGAAAUCGCCAAGACAGGCAGCUGUUAAGAGAGGGAAUGAUCCAAACGGGCUGAAUUCCAGCGGUGAGAAAGUCCAAACUCCGAGAACCAUUACUGCAAAAUCACUGGUUUCUUCCCUCAAGAAAUCCAAAAAGACUAGCAUUAAUGGAUUAACUAGUAGUAGCAGUAGUGGUGGAAGUUCUUCAUCAUCAUCACCAUCAUCUUCUUCAUCAUCAUCUCCAACAUCAUCUUUGGACAAUGCUUCAACUUCAUUGAAAUACUCUUCCUCUGUUAUUGUUGAGGCUCCUGGAAGCAUAGCAGCAGCAAGGAGGGAACAAGUUGCAAUCAUGCAAGUGCAGAGGAAAAUGAGGAUUGCUCAUUAUGGUAGAACAAAAUCUGCCAAGUAUGAAGGAAAGGUUCUCCCUUUUGAUUCUUCAGCAAUUACUACUUCUACCACAGUAAAAGAAGAAAAGAAAUGCAGCUUUAUCACUUCCAAUUCAGACCCAAUCUAUAUUGCAUACCAUGAUGAAGAAUGGGGUGUACCUGUUCAUGAUGACCAGCUGUUAUUUGAACUGUUAGUAUUAACUGGUGCACAAGUUGGAUCAGAUUGGACAACAGUUUUGAAGAAAAGGCAAGAUUUCAGAGAUGCUUUUUCAGGGUUUGAUCCAGAAAUUGUUGCAAAGUUCAAUGAGAAAAAGAUGGUUUCAAUCUGUACUGAUUAUGGCAUAGACAUGAGCCAGGUCAGGGGAGCUGUGGACAAUGCCAACAGAAUUCUUGAGGUAAUUAAGAUAAACUUAACAUGUUAAUAAUUAGCUAAACUCAUAAAACAACUGUACAGUAAUAUACUUUCGAACUGUCUUUUCCAACAUGACUUUUAUUUUGCCAUAUAUGCUUUGCCUGGCAUCUCCACCAUUCCAUGAUUCAUUUUGGCAAAUUUUUCCAAUCUCUUGCAUGUGACACAGUCAAAUCAUAGCAUAAUAAAAGAGUUGGAAAUAGCCCCCAUGUGGAUCCACAUGCCCUUUUGACAGCACUGAAUUCCAUAUGAAACAUUUCAUCAUCUUGUUGACUUCAUGAUUAGCAUGCUGAUAUUUUAAUGACAAAAUUAGUACUGAUUACUGAUGAAAUGAAACGGUCAUUUGCAACAGAUCCAGAGGGAAUGUGGCUCAUUCCACAAGUACUUGUGGGCAUUUGUGAACAACAAACCAAUUGCCACACAGUACAAAUCAUGCCUGAAGAUCCCAGUGAAGACCUCAAAAUCAGAGUCCAUUAGCAAAGCAAUGGUGAGGAGAGGGUUCAGAUAUGUUGGUCCAACAGUUAUACACUCCUUCAUGCAGGCAGCUGGCCUUACAAAUGACCAUUUGAUCACCUGCCCAAGACACCUUCAAUGUGUAGCAUUGGCUUCCCAGCAGAAUUAGUCCCAAUUUAGUUAGCUAACACCUCAUAUACAAUAUAAUGAUUGAUGAUGACCCUUUUUUUUCCCUCUUUCUUUUUAAGCUAAUGUGUGAUCAAGUGUUGAUUUUGAUUUAAUUAAUGAUGAUUUGGGAUGAUGAUUGUGAUGGGAUAGUUCCUAUGGAGGGAUAGGAAUAAUUAAAGAUUGGUAUAGGGAGGGGACAGGAUGCAUGUGCAAGGUGGGCAGGCAAAUGGUUAAGGGCAUGUGUCUUUUGGUGACCACUUUUACCACUACCAAAUUAUGGCCUAUAUCUCUCUCAAUCUUCAAUUAUAUUGGAUGCUUUUCAAAACAGGCUGUGUUUAUAAGGGCAAAAGCUUUUUGGAAGAACAGGAAGAGCACUUUUAAGUUUGAGGGGGGCCAGCCCUUCAUCAUCUCCAUUAUCUGCUUAUCUGCCAUAUCCAAGAAGAAGGGGAAAGAAAAGAAAAAAAAAAUGGUAGCUGAUAUUUAAAUGCUAUCUAUAUAUGUAUUAAGUUUUUGUUUUUCUGACUUCUGUUUUAGGGGAAGGUUUUAGGUUUUGCUGUGUUGUGCAAUAGUGUAUGUAUCAUAAUGUAGUGUGAGGUUUUAUUGAGUGUGUUUGUAAUAUUGUUACUAAAAGCUUUCAAUAUUUUCUUGCUGCCUUUUUCAGGAUUUGAGAUUGCAGAUCAGUAUCUUUUUUUCUUUUUUUUAAAAAAAUUGCUUCGCUGGAUGUUUUGUUUGCUGCAUUUUCUCCAUUCUGAUGAUUUUUACUUAGAUGCCUUUCGAGAAAAGAAUAUUGCUUGCACAAGUUAAGCAUUUCCUCUCCACGUGCUAUCUAUCCUUGUUCCGAUUAAGUAUUACUCUCUUCGUUC